AAAUAUUUUAACGGAUUCCAUAUCAGCAGUCCACCAAACUCAAUCAUUCAAUCAAUUUCCCAAACUACCCUUGCUCGUUUCUUUUCAGACUUUUGUUAGUAACAAACACCCAACAAUCAAUAUUUUUCUCUCAUUUCCAAAAGAAACUCUCUUCUCUAAUGUCAUCCAUGACAACCCUUUUCCUAAAUCUCAAACCCCUUAAUUCGUCGCCAUUACCUUCGACCCGUAAAACCCAUUUCAAUAGCUCAAACCUCAACAUCUCAAUCUCUGUUUUGCCAAAAAGAAAAGGGUCCAGCUAUCGGAAACUCAGAGUUUCAUCUGGUUUGAUAGAACCAGAUGGUGGAAAACUAGUUGAACUAUUUGUUAAGAAGGAUCAAAAAGAUGAGAAAAAGAAGGAAGCUUUAUUGAUCCCAAGGAUUAAGUUAUCUAAGAUUGAUUUAGAAUGGGUUCAUGUAUUAAGUGAGGGCUGGGCAAGUCCUCUUAAUGGAUUCAUGAGAGAAUCCCAGUUCCUCCAAACUCUUCAUUUCAAUUCGCUCAGACUUGAUGACGGUUCUGUUGUCAACAUGUCUGUGCCGAUUGUUCUUGCGAUUGAUGAUUCGCAAAAGCUAAGGAUUGGUGAAUCGUCUAAAGUUGCACUUGUUGAUUCUGAUGAUAAUCCUAUCGCAAUCUUGAAAGACAUUGAGAUCUACAAGCACAACAAAGAAGAGAGAAUAGCUAGAACUUGGGGUACCACUGCCCCAGGUCUGCCUUACGCAGACCAAGCUAUUACUAAUGCAGGAAACUGGCUCAUUGGUGGUGAUUUGGAGGUCAUAGAACCAGUCAACUACAAUGAUGGGCUUGAUCGAUUUCGUCUGUCUCCUGCACAACUCCGUGAGGAAUUUACAAAGCGAAAUGCUGAUGCGGUGUUUGCAUUCCAGCUCAGGAAUCCUGUACACAAUGGCCAUGCUUUGCUCAUGACUGACACACGCAAACGACUUCUGGAUAUGGGCUAUAAGAAUCCUGUUUUGUUGCUUCAUCCUUUGGGUGGAUAUACAAAGGCUGAUGAUGUGCCGCUUAGUUGGCGAAUGAAGCAACACGAAAAGGUUCUUGAAGAUGGUGUCCUUGAUCCAGAGACGACAGUUGUGUCUAUUUUCCCAUCUCCUAUGCAUUAUGCAGGCCCUACUGAGGUACAGUGGCAUGCGAAGGCCAGGAUCAAUGCAGGAGCCAACUUUUACAUUGUGGGACGAGACCCUGCUGGUAUGGGUCAUCCUACUGAGAAGAGGGACCUAUACGAUGCUGAUCACGGGAAGAAGGUGCUCAGUAUGGCUCCAGGACUUGAACGACUAAAUAUCCUCCCAUUUAAGGUGGCUGCUUAUGACAAGACACAAGGCAAGAUGGCUUUCUUUGAUCCAUCAAGGCCUAGUGAUUUCAUCUUCAUCUCGGGAACUAAGAUGCGGACACUUGCAAGAAACAAAGAAAACCCACCUAACGGCUUCAUGUGUCCCGGCGGGUGGAAAGUCCUGGUUGAUUAUUAUGACAGUUUGGCAGUUCCAGAGAACGGUAGAGUCCCUGAUGCUGUUCCAGCGUAGAUGAUACCACGUGGUGUUCUAUUGUUUAAAAGAAACCUUCUAUAAAACUUAUGUAUGAUCUCAAGUGUGUUUUAUUGCUAUUUGAAAACAUGGAAGAUCUCUCUCUCUCUGACUCUCUUAUGGAAAAGAGAGCUAUAAGUUAGACCCGAGAGAAAUAGGUGUCUCCAAAAGAAAACUUUAAGCUUGGAUUGGGUUCCUCUGUAAAUAGGCUUGUCAUCACCUGUGUCUUCUCCUAAAACUUAAAAUGGCAGACGCUGUAUCAUAUACUUGCUGUUUUGUGUGCUUUUUAUUUUAAUAAUGAAAAGACAUAGUUUGUGCUUUA